AUGAUUAUACGAGUGAGACAGGUGACGACUUCCAUGAACACCAUCAGACCCCGCCAAAGACCUAAAAGCGGCUCAACCUUAGCCGACGAGCCGUUUGGACAAUGCAGAUACCUGUUGUUGAGUUGCAGACAUGAGCCCCUACGUAACUACGCAUUUAUGACGCCAGAUCGCGAUAGACAUUGGACUAUUACGGGCCUUACCGUGCCCUCUGGCAUUUGCGGCUGA